AUGAUCGAAGAUCUGCCGUCGUCAAUCUCAAGUCUUUCCAAACUUCGUAUACUCAAUGUGGGAAUGAAUCGAUUAUCUGUUCUGCCACGAGGAUUUGGUUCAUUCAAAUCGCUUGAAAUCCUUGACCUCACGUACAACAAUCUGAACGAGCGAAGCCUGCCUGGGAACUUCUUCUUCAUUGAUACUCUGAGGGCUUUGUACCUGGGUGAUAACGACUUCGAGAUGUUACCUGGCGAUGUCAUGAACCUCCGUAAUCUUCAGAUCUUGGUCAUGCGUGACAACGACCUCUUGACUAUCCCGCGAGAGAUUGGACAUCUUACCAAUCUGAAAGAAUUGCAUAUUCAAGGUAACCGCCUCACCGUUCUACCACCAGAAGUUGGAGCGCUUGAUCUAAUAGGAAAUAAGCAGGUGCUGAGGCUAGAGCACAACCCUUGGGUACCAAGUAUCCAGGAACAGUUUGAUGCCAGAGGUGCCCAAGGAGUCAUGGAUUUCAUACGUAGUGAUCAGUACAAGUACUUCUAUGGACGUCAGGAAGUCAUUACGGGUCCAGUGCCACCGAAACGAAACAAGGACAGAAAGCUCUCACGAAAGCAGCAUCAGUCGCAGUGCGCUUAG